CCAGAAGAUAUAAGCUCAAAACAAAGCCAGGCUGUGUCCCUGAAUUGUUCACAUCCACUGGAUAAGUGAGGCUUGGUCCAGAGAAAGAGGAGUUGGAGCCAUGAUUCUAACAAUGGAACCUGAUUUUGACAAAGAAAAUUUGGUCAGGUAUAAGACUCCAAGAUUACUCCAAAGGAGGAGGACACUAAGUUUUCAGAAAGAGUUUUCAUUUGAGGAUAAAGAAGAGCUUGCAAACAGCACUAAGGAUAUCGAUGCCAACCUUUUAGCAGUGCUGCCAAAAGUUUCUGAAUUAAGAAAACUCUUUGAACCGAACAGGCAGGAUACCUUGGAAAUGAAAAGGAAAGAAAGGAUAGCUAGGCGUUUAGAGGGAAUUGAAAAUGACACUCAGCCCGUCCUUUUGCAAAACUGUCCAGGAUUGGUUACCCAUCGUUUGCUAGAAGAAGAUACACCAAGAUAUAUGCGUGCAACAGAUCCAUAUAGUCCUCACUUCAGAAGAUCAAAUGAAGAAGAAACUUCAGAUUCCUCAGUAGAGAAUCAGCCUAGAUCAAGAUACCAAGCAGAAUCCAGUGGAGGAAAAACAAAGCCGCCUUCUUACAGCCCUUCAGUCAUGGAUUCCCAGGGACCCGAGUCCAAAGCGGAAAGGAUAGCUAGGUACAAGGCGGAGAGGCGACGCCAGCUGGCUGAGAAAUACGGACUUUCGAUAGAUUCGGAUGUGGACUCAGAAUAUUUAUCCAAAUACACCAGGGCAAGGAAAGAUCAAGAAGUGGCUGAGAAGAGAGUACCAAAGAGUGAGAAAAAUGAGGAUGAAAGUAAAGAUUAUAGUUCUCUGUACUCAGCGAGAACAGAGACUAAGGAGAUGAGGAAUGCUUCUUUGGAGUCAAAGGAAAAUUAUGUGCUUGAGAGGGCAAGUUCUCCAGAAAGGGAAAAACUGCAUUUGAAUGAGGACAAUGAGAGAGACACCCCAGAACCUAGUUUCAACAGACACGAUCUACCCUCUGCAUCAGAGAAUUCCACAUCCUUCUCAUAUAUCGGCCAUGACUCCUCCCUAAGUGAAGUGCCAAGUUCGCCAAAGCAAACUCGCAGGGUUUCCCUUUCUUCACCAAAGCAGCUAGCUUCACCAAGUCAUUCCCUCAGCGACAGCAGAUUAGGUAGUGCAGGGAAAACAAAACCUGAUUGGUUUCUUCAGAAAGAUUCGGAUGGGGAUACACCUUCACUUAUCAGCUGGCCCUCCAGAGUAAAAGUUAGAGAGAAACUGGUGAAAGAGGAAAGUGCCCGUUCAAGCCCUGAACUUCCAGCAGACACUAUGACUCAAAGAAAGUUUCGCUCAGUGCCUGUUAAUUUCGUGCCUCUUCAGUCAGAAACGUCUGCUUUCCAUAGGGUUGCCAAUCAGCCUCUUGGCUUGGCCUGCCAACCAACACAUGGCUAUGUUCAGCCUGCUGGAAUCACUCAUAUAGCUAAACCGGUGGCAGCCGAAGAACCAGAAAGCAGCCCCAUUCAUAACCUCCCUGGGCCGGCAAAUGUAGCGUUCAUAACCAGAUUCCCAGAAGAUGCGAAGAUGGAUGAUGAAAGAAGUGACUUGCAUCAGAAUCAUGGAUCGUCAUCGAAGCUCACUUACUCCAGUUUGGAGGCAGAGAAGGAAAGGCAGCCAACUUUGACUUCAGAGAACCGUAGGUUGAGCAGAGGAGAUGAAUUUGAGAAACUGGCAAUUGGCCAGCCAAGGAACGUGGAACCUGAGAAAGAGCUGGAGCGAUGUAUACAGUGGAUGCCUGGACCUCAGGCGAAGACUCAGGAGAACGUUGAGAGGAGCGAAAGAGUUGUGUACCUACAGAGUGCUAAAGGGAAAGUUCAGGCUCGGGAAGAGACUCCAGUGAAGCACAAGCUCCUUACUCGCUCAUUUUCUGAUUAUAGUGGUUCGCCAAAAUUAGAAGUUUUUAAAAGUAAGGAGCAUGUUGCAAAGAAUGCAAUGGAGUUUCAGAGCACUGAAGCCAAGAUCCCCAAUGGUGAGAUUGCCAUGGUUGACACAAAAGUCUCUGUUGCCCAACUCCGUAAUGCCUUUUUGGAAACUGCCAAUGCCUGCAAGAAACCUGAACUUGAAUCUCAGUUUGAGAUGCCAACAUCAGGUACUGAUUUGUCUGCCAGUGCUGAACACGAAAGAGGGUCACGGAGGCCAAGGCGCUAUUUUUCUCCUGGGGAAAGUAGAAAGACUUCCGAGAGAUUUAGGACUCAACCUAUAACUUCAGCAGAGCGAAAGGAAACAGAUAGGUCUGUAUUCAGUCCAGAAAUGCCAGCUCCUGAAGAUGAGGAGAAAGUGGACGAGCGAGCCAAGCUGAGUGUUGCGGCAAAGAGGUUGCUAUUCAGGGAAAUGGAAAAGUCGUUUGACGGGAAGAGUUUUCCGAAGCCACAUUCAAGGAAUUCUGCGGUGGAAAGAAGGCUAAGGCGAAUGCAGGAUAGGUCACGCACGCAGCCCAUUACCACCGAAGAAGUGGUCAUUGCAGCUACUGAACCUAUCCCUGCCUUACGUACUGUGAAUACCCAUUCUAUAGUGGCAAGAAUACCUAAUCCCACUGUAGUUAAGAGCACUGUACAUCCUACCAGGCUGCAGGCAUCUGCGAACCAAAAGACAUCGGCUAAAGAAGAAAUCAAAGAAGCCAGAGAAGCCCUUGAGCAAGAUCAGUCUGGGGAACCAGACUCUUCCACCCUGAGCUUGGCAGAAAAGAUGGCCUUAUUUAACAAAUUAUCUCAACCCAUAACAAAGGCAGUCUCUACAAGGAGCAGAGGGGAUAUCAGGCAAAGGAGGUCGAAAGCUCGUUAUCAGACACAGCCUGUCACACUUGGAGAAGUUGAGCAGGUGCAAAGUGACAGUGGGAAAAUUGCCCCUUUGUCCCCUACUAUUGUAACGUCAGUGUCAACCAUGGUGUCUGCAUUGUCGCCGGUAUAUAGUAAGGAUCUGCAUGUGAAGCCAGCAGAAGACGAGGUGGUGAAUGAGAUUGGGAAACCUGAUUUCAGAUACCACUCUCCAGCGGAAAACGCAGAUACUUCAUUAAAAAACAUCCUGAAAACGGAAUUGUGGCAGCCUUCGGUGGAAUUGAGAGAGAGCAACUGGCAGUCGAGGGAGCCUGAAGAGACAGAGCCCAGGGGAUUCGUGAAACGUGAAGAGAAUGCUAUGAGAAAGCGAAGCUCUUUUGAGGAAGAGCCACCGCUUCCUGUUCCUGAUAAAACGGAGGACUACAACAAAGAGAUGAAAUAUGCAUUCCCAAGAAAAAGCAGCAUGGAAUUGUUUAGCCCACAGCCUCUUUGUCAGCCUGCUGAACAAAAGGAAUUCGCCAGCGACACUCUGAAGAAUAAACGGGAAGUCAAAGGCCAGUCCUCUGAGGAAACGAUGGAGUAUGAAGGAAUUGUGGCAAGAUCAACCCUGCAGAGAGAGCAUGAUGAGCCAAUUUCAGAACUUGUGGGAACAGCAGCAACAAAGAGCUAUUCUCAGUCUGCGGCUGCGGGAUCCUGUAGACAGCAGGAAACCUCUGAGCUGUUAGAGGGAAAACUAGACUCCAGGGAGAGCAAAGCCGAAAUUAUGGAGGACACCCUUGAUGCGUCCAACAAAACUAUGUCAAUUAAAGAAAGGCUGGCACUCCUGAAGAAGAGUGGUGAAGAAGACUGGAAAAACAGGCUGAACAAAAAGCCGGAGUAUGGCCGGUUAUCUGUCAUUGAGCGUGGCCCACAGCUGCCAGAGAUGGAGCCGCUGUUUGCGAAGAAGGAACCUGUCUAUGCUUCUACUUAUUCUCCUGCUAUAGCUGCUGCCCAUAAACUUCAUCCCUUUGUACCUAUUAAUCAGGUCAGUAGUGCUAGUUUGAAAGAUCCAAGCCCCCUGGCCUUUGAACGUCACCCCUGGAGAUGGAAGAGGAUGUCGGAUACCUGUGAAAGUCAAAUGACAAUUGAAGAAAGAAAGCAAUUGAUAAGUGUUCGGGAAGAGGCUUGGAAAGCGAGAGGGAAAGGAGCAGCCAAUGACUCGACACAGUUCACUGUGGCUGGCAGAAUGGUCAAAAAAGGCUUAGCAUCUCCUACUGCCAUAACACCUGCCGCAUCCCCUUUCUGCAACAGACUGAAGUCAACAACACCCAUCUCAAAACCCCUGGAAGAAAUUGAAGCUAGGCCAGAUAUGCAGUUAGAAUCGGACAUGAAGUUGGAUAAACUGGAGACUUUCUUGGGGAGGCUGAACAACAAAGUUGGUGGAAUGCAAGAAACAUUGCUGACAGUCACGGGAAAAUCUGUGAAGGAAGUGAUGAAGCUGGAUGAUGAAGAAACAUUUUCCAAGUUUUACCGUUGCAUGGAUUACCCCACUUCCUCUUUGCCUUUGGACCUGGAUGAAGACUUUGAUGCCAUAUUUGAUCCUGAUGCACCGAAGUUGACUUCUUUGGUAGCAGAGCACAAACGUGCAGUGAGGCCCGUGCGCAGAGUCCAGGCUUCCAGGAACCCUUUAAAGAUGUUAGCCGCAAGAGAGGACAUUCUUCAUGAAUACACAGAGCAAAGGCUAAAUGUGGCUUUUAUGGAAUCAAAGCGGAUGAAAGUUGAAAAAAUGUCUGCAAACUCAAAUUUCUCAGAAGUAGCACUUGCUGGCUUAGCGAGUAAGGAGAACUUCAGCAAUGUUAGUCUGCGUAGUGUCAAUCUAACAGAACAGAACUCAAACAACAGUGCUGUGCCAUAUAAGCAGCUGAUGCUCUUGCAAAUCAAAGGAAGAAGACAUGUUCAAACAAGAUUAGUCGAGCCAAGGGCUUCAUCGCUUAACAGUGGCGACUGUUUCCUGUUACUUACUCCUCAUUUCUGCUUCCUGUGGGUAGGGGAGUUUGCAAAUGUCAUCGAGAAAGCAAAGGCUUCAGAACUUGCAACUUUAAUUCAGACAAAGCGAGAACUUGGCUGCCGGGCUCCUUAUGUGCAGACCAUAGAGGAAGGAAUCAAUACGCACACUCAUGCGGCCAAAGACUUCUGGAAACUGCUCGGUGGCCAGACAAGCUACCAGUCUGCUGGAAACCCGGAAGAAGAUGAAAUGUAUGAAGCUGCAAUAAUAGAAACAAAUUGCAUUUACCGACUAGUGGAUGAUAAACUUAUUCCUGAUGAUGACUACUGGGGAAAGAUGCCAAAGUGUACACUGUUGAAUUCAAAAGAGGUCUUGGUGUUUGAUUUUGGUAGCGAAGUGUAUGUUUGGCAUGGGAAGGAGGUCACGCUAGCCCAAAGAAAAGUGGCAUUCCAGCUGGCCAAACACUUGUGGAAUGGCACCUUUGACUAUGCAAACUGUGACAUCAAUCCUCUGGAUCCUGGUGAAUGCAACCCCCUUAUUCCAAGAAAAGGACAGGGACGUCCAGACUGGGCUAUUUUUGGCAGGCUCACAGAACACAAUGAGACAAUAUUAUUUAAAGAAAAGUUUCUCGAUUGGACCGAACUGAAGAAACCAGCUGAGAAGAACUCUGGUGAAUCCCCUCAGAAGGAGGAAACCAGGUCUGACAUUAAACCGUACGAUGUCAUGCGAAUGGUCCCUGUGCCCGAGACAACGGUUGGCACGGUCUUGGAUGGGAUGAACAUCGGCCGCGGCUAUGGAUUCAUUGAGGGAGAUGACGGGAGGCAAUUCGAAAUCAUCACUGUCUCUGUGGAUGUCUGGCAUAUAUUGGAAUUUGAUUAUAGCAGGCUCCCUAAGCAAAGCAUCGGGCAGUUUCAUGAAGGCGACACGUAUGUGGUCAAAUGGAAGUACCUUGUGAGCACUUCAGUUGGGAGCAGACAGAAGGGGGACCUACAAACCAGGGUUGUUGGCAAAGAGAAAUGUGUGUACUUCUUCUGGCAAGGGAGGCACUCCACUGUCAGUGAGAAAGGGACAUCUGCACUGAUGACCGUGGAGCUGGAUGAAGAGAGAGGUGCUCAGGUUCAAGUUCUUCAAGGAAAAGAGCCGCCAUGUUUCCUUCAGUGUUUUCAAGGUGGAAUGAUCGUUCAUACGGGCAGAAGGGAAGAGGAAGAAGAAAACACACAGAGCGAUUGGCGAUUGUACUGUGUACGAGGGGAGCUUUCCCUCGAAGGAAACCUGCUUGAAGUAGCCUGCCACUGUAGCAGCCUGAGGUCCAGGACAUCAAUGCUUGUUCUAAAUAUCAACAAAGCCCUCAUUUACUUGUGGCACGGCUGCAAAGCCCAGCCACACACCAAAGAAGUUGGAAGAACAGCAGCCAAUAAAAUAAAAGAACAGUGCCCUCUGGAAGCAGGACUGCACAGCAGUAGCAAGGUGACGAUACACGAAUGCGACGAAGGGUCAGAGCCAUUGGGAUUCUGGGAUGCCUUAGGGAGGAGAGACCGGAAAGCCUAUGAUUGCAUGUUGCAAGAUCCUGGGAAGUUCAACUUCACGCCCCGCUUGUUCAUCCUUGGUAGUUCGUCUGGAGAGUUCUUAGCCACUGAAUACAUCUAUCCUGCAAGAGACCCCACUGUGGUGAAUUCUAUGCCAUUCCUCCAGGAAGACCUCUACACAGCUCCCCAGCCAGCCCUCUUCCUUGUUGACAAUCACCAUGAAGUGUACCUCUGGCAAGGCUGGUGGCCUGUGGAAAAUAAAAUAGCCGGAUCAGCCCGAAUCCGCUGGGCCUCGGACAGGAAAUGUGCCAUGGAGACCGUCCUCCAAUAUUGCAAAGGAAAAAAUGUGAAGAAACCUCCGAAAUCUUACCUAAUUCACGCUGGUCUCGAACCUCUGACCUUCACCAAUAUGUUUCCAAGCUGGGAACACAGAGAGGACAUUGCGGAGAUCACAGAAAUGGACGCUGAAGCUUCUAACCAGAUAAUCCUUGUGGAAGAUGUGUUGGCCAAACUAUGCAAGAAGCUGUACCCAUUGGCCGAACUUUUAGCAAGGCCCCUCCCAGAGGGAGUGGAUCCACUAAAUCUUGAAAUCUACCUUUCAGAUGAAGAUUUUGAGGCUGGAUUGCAGAUGACAAGAGAGGAAUACAACACACUGCCUUCCUGGAAACAGGUGAACCUCAAAAAGGCAAAAGGACUCUUCUAAGUAACCUGGCCAUGUUGCAGUUAAGGGCUAAAGCUGGAGUGGGAUCUUUUGUCAUUUUCAGCACCUCGUGGACAAAGAGCAGCAGCGUGGCCAACUUGUGCUCACCCCCACCCCACCCCCCUUUCACCAAGCCAACAAGAUACCGCCGGAAGGCUGUAGAUUACUGCCUCUUCUUAAAUCACGUCAUAUUGUAAAUGUGGGAGAGAACUCUUUUGCAGGCUCUUUUGUUUGGGGAGGUAAGGCAAUUUGACAGCUGAUGAAUUGUGUUCUCCCUUGUACUUUAGCAGCAGUUUCUCAGGCUGCUGCUGCAGCAGCAAUGGCGGAUCUUUUUAGCUGCGCUACACUACUUGCCAUUUGGGUUUUGAAGACGUUCUCUUUGUAAAGUGUUAUUUUGUUUAAAGCUGUGGAUUUUCAAAAAGAAUUUAUAUUUAUAUAAAACACAUAGGACAAGGAUGUAUUUAACAAUGCAAUGUGUAUUACUCACUUUCAAGACUUCAGUCAAGAAGGACUUUCAGAAAAGUAGCUCGGCGGCGCAGUUGCUUGGUCUGAAUUAGUUAAACUACCAAUUAUGUUUUUACUCUCUCUUUGUGUCUUCCCACCCCUCUAUUUCUGAAUGGUUUCUCUUUUUAAUAGGCAACAAAUUGGUCUCAAUGCUGCUUCAGGUGCUAAACUGAACAAAGCGUCAUCACACGAGUUUCUUGAGAAACUCUCCAAAUCCAACUUUGAUAUACUUUGUUAUCCCAAAAAUGUAUAGUGCCUUGUUUUUUUUCUGUGUACAGUUUAUAUACAAAAAAGAUCGGUCUGCUUUUUGAAGAUGGCUCUGAAAAGUCUCCUAUGCUCUACUUUUAUAAUAGUAGAAAUAAAAGAACAUCUCAGUUUCUAAUAACUUGUUGUAAAGAUAAACUGUCUUUUAUGACAAAGACUCAAAGCAAAGCUUCAGAAUAAACUCUUAGCAAUGCA